UUUUUUUUUUAGGUCACUGUAAUUUUUCUUAGUAUUCCAAAUACUUGUCUGAGGGAAACUUGGCCUUGUGAGAACUGUGACUUCACCUGCACCACCUUGGAAUAACCGUGUUCCUGUGAACAGUGCUCCCCAGUGUUUUGUUUGACGUGAAGAAGCGGGGCGUUGUGUUACUUUCAUUGUGUUACUUUGGGUGACAGUGAUCACUCCUGUGACCCACACUUCCAGACAACAUGGCGGCUGGUGUUGCAGCAUGGUUGCCCUUUGCCAGGGCAGCAGCCAUUGGGUGGAUGCCUGUUGCCUCGGGGCCCAUGCCAGCACCCCCAAGGCAGGAGAGAAAGAGGACUCAGGAUGCUCUAAUUGUGCUGAACGUGAGUGGCACCCGCUUCCAGACAUGGCAGGACACCCUGGAACGGUACCCGGACACUCUUCUGGGCAGUUCUGAGAGAGACUUUUUCUACCACCCAGAGACCCAACAGUAUUUCUUUGACCGUGACCCAGACAUCUUCCGCCACAUCCUCAAUUUCUAUCGCACAGGGAAGCUUCACUAUCCCCGCCAUGAGUGCAUCUCUGCUUAUGAUGAAGAACUGGCCUUCUUUGGCCUCAUCCCAGAAAUUAUUGGCGACUGCUGUUAUGAGGAGUACAAGGACCGCAGGCGGGAGAAUGCAGAACGCCUGCAGGAUGAUGCAGACACUGAUAACACCGGGGAGAGUGCCCUGCCCACCAUGACUGCUAGGCAGAGGGUCUGGAGGGCCUUUGAGAACCCUCACACCAGCACCAUGGCCCUGGUGUUCUACUAUGUGACUGGGUUCUUCAUUGCCGUCUCUGUCAUCGCAAAUGUGGUGGAAACCGUUCCAUGUGGGUCUAGCCCAGGCCACAUAAAAGAGCUGCCUUGUGGGGAACGGUAUGCCGUGGCCUUCUUCUGCUUGGAUACCGCCUGUGUCAUGAUCUUCACUGUUGAGUACUUGCUCCGCUUAGCCGCAGCACCCAGCCGUUACCGUUUUGUGCGCAGUGUCAUGAGUAUCAUCGAUGUGGUGGCCAUCCUGCCCUAUUACAUUGGGCUGGUCAUGACAGAUAAUGAGGACGUCAGUGGAGCCUUUGUCACACUCCGUGUCUUUCGAGUCUUCAGGAUCUUUAAGUUUUCCCGCCACUCUCAAGGCCUGCGCAUCCUGGGUUACACACUGAAGAGCUGUGCAUCAGAACUGGGCUUCCUGCUCUUUUCUCUCACUAUGGCUAUCAUCAUUUUUGCCACGGUUAUGUUUUACGCAGAGAAGGGGUCAUCAGCAAGCAAGUUCACCAGCAUCCCUGCAGCCUUCUGGUACACCAUCGUCACCAUGACAACACUGGGGUAUGGUGACAUGGUACCAAAAACCAUAGCAGGGAAGAUUUUUGGUUCCAUCUGCUCACUGAGUGGAGUGCUGGUCAUUGCGCUACCCGUACCUGUGAUCGUGUCCAACUUCAGUCGGAUCUACCACCAGAACCAACGAGCAGACAAACGAAGGGCACAGAAGAAAGCGAGGCUGGCCAGGAUCCGGGCAGCUAAAAGUGGAAGCGCAAAUGCGUACAUGCAGAGCAAACGGAACGGGUUACUCAGCAACCAGUUGCAGUCUUCAGAGGAUGAACCAGCCUUCGUUAGCAAAUCAGGAUCCAGCUUUGAGACACAACACCACCACCUGCUUCACUGCCUGGAGAAAACUACGAAUCAUGAGUUUGUGGAUGAGCAAGUCUUUGAAGAAAGCUGCAUGGAAGUUGCCACAGUUAAUCGUCCUUCAAGUCACAGUCCCUCCAUGUCCUCACAACAAGGGGUCACCAGCACUUGCUGCUCACGGCGACACAAAAAAACUUUCCGCAUUCCUAAUGCCAACGUGUCAGGAAGUCAUAGAGGCAGUGUGCAAGAACUCAGUACAAUUCAGAUCAGAUGUGUGGAGAGAACGCCGUUAUCGAACAGCCGAUCCAGCUUAAAUGCCAAAAUGGAAGAGUGCGUUAAACUAAACUGUGAACAACCUUACGUGACCACAGCAAUAAUAAGCAUCCCAACACCUCCGGUAACCACACCAGAAGGUGAUGACAGGCCAGAGUCUCCGGAGUACUCGGGAGGAAACAUCGUCAGGGUGUCUGCUUUGUAAGACAGUCGGCACAGGUCUAAGAGAAUUGGAGUCCUGACUAUGGAAAAAAAUCUCAAGUAGAAGAAAGAAGAAAUAAUAACCA